AUGCCACCUUCCAAAACUGAAGUUAUCCUCACGGGGAUCGACAAUUGGGACGACUGGCAGAAGUUUAUUGCAAGCUUAAUUGAUAUAGACAUCUGGGAAGCGAUUAAACCUGCAAACCAAACUCAAGUGCUUCUACGAAAGCCAAGAAGACCACAGGUAUCUGAUUUCAAUGCAAACGCUGAGACUGAAGUCAAUCUUACGUCAUCUCAAGUCAACGCUUUCAGACUAGCCCGUGAAAAUUGGAAAGAUAGCUCCAAAGAGUAUGAGCAACAGAAAACCAAUCUCAUCAAGGCUAAAAGCGUUAUCAUCAGCUAUGUGGAUGAGAGAUUAGGUCGUUAUCUUGACCAAGACCACGAUCUCCCCCGCUGGAUUGAUAGUCUAUCUGUAGCAGUCAACGCCGAACAGACUAAAGCAACGGACACACUUGUGAUUGAGUACCAGCAGAUCAUCAAGUCAUUUAGGUGCACCGAUUCAGCCACUUUCGCAGACUGGAUCUGGAAAUGGGAGAACUUCUUGCUAAAAGCUGCACGGCAUCGAAUGCUUGAAGUAUCAGGUGGUCGUUGGCUAUUUGACAUCGCCCGCCUUAUGGCCAAACAUAAUGGCAACUUCACCGAUAACUGCAGACAAGCUGCAGAAUCACUUGUUCUAAAGACAAAAGAUUACAAUCGGGCUGUUGAGCAAGGAGUACAACAGUUAUUACAACUCUACGAUCUUAGUGAUCAUGGCAGGCUACGAGAGGCAGCAAUAGCAAUUCAGGGAGCUCUGAUUCACACCCCUCCCAACGCUACGGAUGCGAGCAAGGAAUGGUCAAUUGGAAGCGUAGCUGUCAAGUUACGGACCUGGGGCAGUUCUGCACUUCCAGCACAAUCAGAAAGAUCCUCCGCCAGACGGGGAACUGCGUUCCAAGCUGAUACCAGAAAGAAUAAUCAGAACGGAGGUGCAAACCAAUCCCGAUCAAAUCGAAAAAGGACGCGAUCAGACAACCAGCAGGAUAGCAAUAAGAGACAAGAAAUAGGCUGUGAAGCUUGUGGCCAGCCGCGACAUGAUCUUAGUUCGUCUUGGCUAGCUAUCCCAGAAAUUCGGCCUAAAGGAGUACCUGCGAAUCACCGUCUAGAAGAGCUGCAGCGCAGAAAGACCAGGAACACCGAGUCAAGCUUGGAGCGACGAAUCGUUGGUCAAGCAUUGUCACUAGGGGCUGCGUUUCCAAUAUGUUUAGAGACCUGUCUGCAAGCUGACCAGUAUCCGUUACGAUCGUCAACCAUUCUUGACUGCGGAGCUUCGUUGGAUAUAUUCAACGAACUUGCUAGAUUUAAGUCAAUAAGGAAACCAAAAGCAGGAGAAGAGCACUAUCUAAUUGCUGUAGAUUCAGAGGUCAAAAUUGAAGGCUACGGACGGGUUGACGUCCCAGUCAUAAAACCCGAUGGAUCAAUUGGCAUCUUGCGAAUCAAAGAUGCGGCAUAUUGCCCCACAUUCGCUGUCAAUGUUGUAUCGUUCCAGAGUCUUUAUGAUCGAGGCAUCCGUUGGGACACAAUAUCGACUCCAACACGGCUAAUCCAUAAGUCUGGAACAUUAAUCUGUAUAGUUCAAAGAUACUACAAGCAAUGGGUUCUCGAGUAUCAGGAGACUACCGACGCUAGCUUAAAGGCAGCGGCCGCCUAUAUGGCCAGAAGGAGAAGGCGUACGAGCCGAGACCCAAGAGCAGAAUCUGCUGCGGAUGGAACGGUGUGGCACAACCGACUGGGCCAUCCUAGCCCGAAGACAAUUGAGCAGUUAGGAAAGAAAUGUCUUGGGGUCAAGCUGCGAGGACCAAGAACUGUGGAAUGCGACCACUGCGGCCGAGGCAAGAUGCACCGGCAGAUAUCCCGGAGGCGGCCAAUAAGACCAAACAAAUUACCAAGGCUAUGUCCGAGUUAUGUUUAUCACGGAUGCAUGUUAAGGUCUUGUUUUUCCUUAUUUCUGAAGAGCCAUGGUCUAGGCAAAGAAAACCGAAGAAUUCUGCGAGACUUCUUCAACUGGAUAGAGGUUCAACAUAGUUUCAAGCCAAAAGCUAUACGAUCAGAUGCCGAACUAUUCAGCAAGGAAGUCCGGAUAGAACUAAAGCUAAGAUCUAUUCAAUCGAAAAGGUCGGCACCAAAUACUCAGGCUCAAAAUGGAGGUGCCGAGAGAUCAGGGGGUGCAAUUAUGGAAAAGGUCCGAACAAUGCGCAUAGCUGCAAAUCUGCCACACAAUUUGUGGAAGGACAUUGUGGAGGCUUCUUGCUACCUUCGCAACCGAACACCUCUUGAACGAAAUAAGCGGCAAAGCCCAUUUGAAAGAGUCUUUAAGAAGCAACCGGAAAUUAGUCACUUAAAAGCUUACGGUUGUAAGGCUUUUGCGAUGACAGCAGAUGCCCAAUUCAAACUUCAGAGAAAGCAAAAGCUUGAACCGAGAGCACAUAUAGGGUACCUUGUGGGCUAUCAUUCCUCAAACAUCUACAAAGUCUGGGUUCCACACAAGGAUAAGACUAUCUUAACCCGAGAUGUUAUUUUAAUGAAUCUGUUGCUAGAGGACGUCGAAAUUCCAGAAGAGCAACAGGCUAUAGAGUCUGUACUUGAACAAGAUGAAACUGCUCGUUAUCUCGAGGACUCAGACGAAGAGGAGGUUCUGGGUGAGAUCGUUGUGGAUACAGGAGAACAGGAUGAGCCGGAUGAUGAGGACAAUGAAGACGCUUGUGACAGGUCAGAAGAGCUAGGAUAUCUUACGCCGCCACUGACCGACCCUGAGCUUGAAGAAAGCCCAGAAGGGGUGGAUAAUACAGGCCACAACUCAAACUGCUGCGACUACAAGGUAGAGCAGAUCAGUGCCAACUAUCGAUUCCACGAAUUCCAUCCAACUCGAAUUGAGACAGCAGUCCAUGGUGCAUUUAAUGCUGGGAUUAAGUUUCAGCCGCACAAGAGAGACCUACCAAAAGCUCCAAAAACCAUGAAGGACCUUGAAGGCCACCCACUUAAGGAUGAAUUUAUCAAGGCACAGCAAGAGCACCUUGAGUCACAUAGCCGGAUGGAUUCCUUUGUUGAGGUGCCUUGGUCACGAGCUAAAGGUCAAAGAGUUCUAAGCUGCAUGUGGGUAUUUACCUACAAGACGGAUAAGCAUGGUCUUCUUCAGAAAUGCAAGGCGCGGCUUGUUGUGUGCGGGAACCAACAAGAAAAGAAUGCUCUCCCGACCCGCGCAACAACGCUAGCCAGCAUGUCAUUCCGAGCGCUAAUGGCGAUAGCCGCUGAACAUGACCUAGAACUGGAACAGAUGGAUGCUGUCAAUGCAUUUGUAAAUUGCGAAUUAGAUGAAGUUGUCUAUAUGCGUAUGCCACCAGGAUAUGAGAAAUAUGGAAGAGUGUUAAGGUUGAAGAAAGCACUUUACGGCCUGCGAAGGUCACCACUGUUGUGGCAAAAGGAGUUGACAAAGAGCCUCCAAGAACUAGGUUUUCAACCAGUGCCACAAGAGCCAUGCGUUAUGACUAAAGGAUCUGUGAUCGUCUUCUUCUUUGUUGACGACAUCAUCUGGGCAUACAAGAAAUCCGAUAAAGAAAUCGCCAAGGAAGCCGUAGAAGGCUUGAAAAGCAGAUAUAAUAUGACACAGCUAGGCGAGCCAAAAUGGUUCCUCGGUAUUCACAUCUUGAGAGACAGGCGAAACAGAACAAUUUGGUUGACUCAAGACGCGUAUAUUGACAAAAUAGCGCACAAGUUCUCCAUCCAGCCAGAAGGCAAGGUGCUACUCACACCUAUGGGCCUAGAAGAAUUACUGAAAUCGGGGACACAAGCGACAAAGAAGUCAAUCGAAGUCUACCAACAAAAGGUUGGAUCCGUUUUGUUCGCAGCCAUUUCAACCAGGCCAGACAUAGCAUUCGCAGUCAGCCGAUUAGCACGGCAUAACCUCAAUCCGAGCGAUGCACACCACAGAGCAGCGGAUAGAGUGAUCCAGUACCUCUAUUCCACUAGAUCAUUUGCUCUGAGACUUGGAAAUAAUGCUCAACAAAACAGCAAAUCAGUUGAAACUUUCAUCGGCUCGAGUGAUGCAUCAUUCGCCGAUAACACGGAAGAUCGGAAAAGCUCACAAGGCUAUGUAUUAAGACUGUACGGUGGACCGAUUGCAUGA